UAACAGGUGUGCCUUGUUAAAAGUUAAUUUGCAGAUUUUCUUUCCUUCUUAAUGCGUUUGAGCCAAUCAGUUGUGUUGUUACAAGGUACGGGUGGUAUACAGAAGAGAGUCCUAUUUGGUAAAAUACCAAGUCCAUAUUAUGUCAAGAACAGCUCAAAUAAGCAAAGAGAAACGACAGUCCAUCAUUACUUUAAGACAUGAAGGUCAGUCAAUCCGGAAAAUUUCAAGAACUUUUAAAGUUUCUUCAAGUGCACUCGCAACAACCAUGACGUGCUGAAAAACCAUCAAGCGAUGAAACUGGCUCUCACGAGGACCGCUACAGGAAAGGAAGACCCAGAGUUACCUCUGCUGCAGAGGAUAAGUUCAUUAGAGAUACCAGCCUCAGAUAUCGGAAAUUAACUGCACCUCAGAUUGCAGCCCAAAUAAAUGCUUCAGAGAGCUCAAGUAACAGACACAUCUCAACAUCAACUGUUCAGAGGAGACUCCAUGAAUCAGGUCUUCAUGGUCGAAUUGCUGCAAGGAAACCACUACUAAAGGACACCAAUAAUAAUAAGAGACUUGCUUGGGCCAAGAAACAUGAGCAGUGGACAUCAGACCGGUGGAAAUUUGUACUUUUGGGUCACAUGCUUCCCACCGUGAAGCAUGGAGGAGGAGGUGUGAUGGUGUGGGAGUUCUUUGCUGGUGACAUUGUCUGUGUUUUAUUUAGAAUUCAGGGCACACUUAACAAGCAUGACUACCACAGCAUUAUGCAGCAAUACACCAUCCCAUUUGGUUUGCGCUUAGUGGGACUAUCAUUUGUUUUUCAACAGGACAAUGACCCAACACACCUCCAGGCUGUGUAAGGGCUAUUUGACCAAGAAGGAGAGUGAUGGAGUGCUGCAUCAGAUGACCAGGUCUCCACAACCACCCGACCUCAACCCAAUUGAGAUGGUUUGGGAUGAGUUGGACCGCAGAGUGAAGGAAAAGCAGCCAACAAGUGCUCAGCAAAUGUGGUAAAUCCUUCAAGACUGUUGGAAAAGCAUUCCAGGCGACUACCAGGAUUACAAAUUCUUCUUGGUCCUGAUGAUCACAAGGGCCCUCUUCCACCUCUUGUCGGCCAAUCCCGAUGGGGCUCCGGAGCUGAUGUCACAGAUGGCCCGAGGAUUUUCAUGUUCGGGAAUCCAGAAGAUACAAGCAAUACCACGUUAAAUGGAGGAGAAAGAGAGGAGUAGGAGUCGGUCUCUGUCUCGUAGCCGUAGGGCCACCCGGGUGCAGCAGGUGGUGGGGACAUUGAUCAGACGCACCCGCGAAUCACUCAGCAGAGAGCGGAUCCUUGGGGAUGGGAGGUCCAACCGGUCUGGCAGCGUGACCAGUCAGAACUUCCCGGUGAGGCUAACGGUUCAGAUCGUCAGAGACCCGGUGUUGGACUCCAGCGGUCAUGGGUUCUCCCUCUCCAAACAGCACCCUCUGCUGGUCAGGGACGUGGCUACAGGAGGCCCAGCAGAUGGGAUACUGUACCCUGGAGACCAGGUGAUACAGAUCAAUGACCUGCUGGUGGACCAUCUCAGCUAUGAACAACUGCAAGACAUCACCAAGGACUUGGAGGACUUUGUCACAAUGACAAUCCUAAGGAACAUGACAGGUCCUAAGUCGUCCAUCAUGUCGGCAGAGAAGAGGGCUCGUCUGAGGAGUAACCCGAUCAAAGUACGCUUCGCAGAGGAAGUGGUUGUCAACGGUCACACUCAGGGGAACUCUCUUCUGUUCCUGCCCAAUGUUCUGAAGGUGUAUCUGGAGAACGGACAGACCAAGGCCUUCAAGUUUGACACUACCACCACCGUCAAAGACAUCGUUCUGACUCUGAAGGACAAGUUGUCUCUCCGCUGCAUUGAGUACUUUGCUCUGGUGCUGGAACAGCAGUACAGCAUCACCAAGCUACUGCUGCUGCACGAGGACGAGUUCAUACACAAGGCGGUGCAGAAGAAGGAGAACAGCAGCCAUGACUACAGGUGUCUGUUCCGGGUGUGCUUCAUUCCCAGAGACCCCCUGGAGCUGCUACAGGAAGACCCCACCGCCUUCGACUACCUCUUCCUCCAGAGCGUCGGGGACGUUCUACAGGAGAGGUUUGCGGUGGAGAUGAAGUGCAACACUGCACUGCGUCUGGCUGCCCUGCACAUGCACGAGAGACUGAACAGUAUAGGCUCCACACGGACCUCUAUCAGGAGCAUCACGAAAGAGUUUGGUCUGGACAGCUUCAUCUCUCCCACUCUGCUCAGUAACAUGAGAGAGAAGGACCUGAGGAAAGCCAUCAGCUACCACCUCAAGAAGAUCCAGUCACUGCUGGAGCCACAACAGAAGGUGAUCCCAGCCACCCAGGCCCGGCUGGCCUACCUCACUCAGCUUGCAGAGCUCAUCUCCUACGGGGGCCGCUCCUACACAGCCACCAUGAUGUUGCAGGACCGGGAGGCGCUGGUCAGUCUGUUGGUGGGGGCGCGCUAUGGCCUGAGUCAGGUGGUCAACCACAAGCUCAACAUGGUGUCAACCCUGGUAGAGUUCAGCAGCAUCAGUAGAGUGGAGCUGCUCUCUGAGUCAGACAGAGUCAGCCUGCUACGCAUCUCCCUGCACGACAUCAAGCCUUUUGCCUUAUUGAUGGACUCUCUGGCAGCCAAAGACCUGGCGUGUCUACUGGGGGGCUACUGCAAGCUCCUGGUGGACCCCAGAGUGUGUGUGUUCCGUCUGGGACGCCCCAAGGUCCGGGUGCACAGGAUACCUGCUGAGGAAGGUGUGUGUGAAGGGAAGUUCGCCGUUAUAGAGGGAGUUUGCUAUGAAUCGCUGACAAGCUAUGUGUCCCGCUGCUGUAGUGACUCCGAUGACUCUUCAGAUGAGGACUACCCCGCCGAGCCUCCGCCAACGCACACCCGUAAACGCCACGCACCCGCCAGCAAAGACAGGGAGGGGUGGAGGAGAGGAAAGGAGGAGCAGAGAGGAGCGGAGGGAAAGAAAGAAAGAGCUGAAAAAGAAGACAAAGAUAAACAUGAGGUGAAGAUCAUUGUGACGUCAGAGAAGGACAUGGAAGUUGAGGAAGAGGACGGAAGAGAAGAUGGAGGAAGAGAGAUACAUCUAGGAGGUAACGCCAAUAAAGGAAGAGUGGAACAGGACAUGGUUCUGGACACUAACUGGUACCACACAGACGCGCGGGUCAACAGUAGCUUCUCCAGCCUGUCUAGUGGCUCUUUGAGUGCUGCCCUGGAGGAAAGCGGUGCCACAGCUGCAGCCAGGGGAGAGGACCCAGCCAAGGCCUCCUCUCGUGUGGACGCCUUGCGUGAGGACAGCCCCUCUCGCCGGUCCAAACAGCCGACUCGGGGGAUCACCACCCUGGAUGUCCACCAUCCGUUCCUCCUGGAGGUCACAGCUCCCUCUCCACAGCGCCAGAGAGAGGGCGCCCCCGGCAGCACGGCCUCCGCCCCCGUGCGCCCCACCAACCUGAGUUAUCGUAGCAACGAUAGCUCGUGUCUUUGCUUCGCCGAGCUUUCCCAAGGCAGCUACCUCCCCAGCCCCCCCGAGGCCACCAGCGAUGAGGAGGAGACGGAGGAAGUUGAGGAUGACGAUGAUGAGGAGGAACUGAGACGGCUCUCUAAGAUACCCAGUCAGAUAGACCUGCGCCUCAUCGACAAGAUCUGCGCCCGGUCUAACAAAACUGCUUCUAACAACAAGUUAGACAUCCCCAGAGUCAUCCCCAACCUCACCUCCUGUGAAAAGAGGACUGUUUGUAGCUCCGCCCACAAAGGGGCAGAGCGUCUAUCAAUUCACUCUGGAGAUUCCGAGCCUUUCCUAACGCCGUCCCCUAACCCUCCUGCUCCUAUUGCUAGGGAAAGUGCUUCGGAGUCAGAUGAUGAGUUCUUUGAUGCUCAGGAGCGGUUCACUCCUCCAGUUCCUUCUGAUGGUACAGAAAACAGUUUGGAUGCGGCUGACAAUAAGAGGCACAGUAAACGCUGGAGUGGUACAGGGAACGGAUUGCCAGUGGUACCGGAGAGGGAGCCUCCCUCACCCCUCAAAAAGAAGCACUCCUCCCCUGACCACAAGAAACAGCAGGAGACCCAACCAGAGCCAAAGCCCCGCUCAAACCAGGCUUCCACUCAGAGGGUUGAUGCCAAGACCAAGCCUCCACCAUUGGCCCCCAAGCCCCAGCUACCCAUAAAACCUGAACUGGCCCCCAAGCCCCAGAUGGGCCCCCAGAGGUCUCCCCAGCGCGGCGGUCCAUACUCCCACUGUAACGGAGAUGCUGCUGGAGGUCAUGCGGGCCUGCUGGAGGUAGAUACCAUGGAACCAGACACCAUGGAGUUUAAAUCAGUCACCUCGGGAGCGGGGGGGCUUCCGCUCGCCUCCCCCCUCAUCACGGCGGUACGGAAGAGCCAGCAACCCCCUGCUGGUCCAAAGGGUGUGGAGAAUGGGCCUAAGAUAGAGAACAGUUCGAAGCAAGAGAACGGUUCUAAGAACGGGACUCCCCACGUGCUUCCUAAGGACCGUGUUCCGGUCACUGCUGACAACAGGAGAGCUGAUGUUGAAACUAAUACAAACAGGGUUUCCCUGCUGAAGGGAGAGGUCAGAACGGGGGUUGGGGUGGACCCCCCAAAAAAGCUGCCAAGUUUGUCCCCCAUUCCACAUUCUGCUUCAGGAGAUGAGAUCAGGUUGAGCCUGGCCACCCCUCCACCACUCUCUCCCAAACCCUCCCCUCCUUCUCUCCAUCCCCUAUCAGUCCUCCCCAUCCCGGUCUCACCAAAUGAGAAAGAGGGGAUGUGUCCGCCGAACGGCCUCCACCCCUGGGUUAGUUGCAACGGUAGCAAUCAGACCGGGAGGAGGGUCUCUCUGAGUCAAGAGAACCUGUCGCCCAAAAAUACAGACGCCCCCCUCAGCCUGACCACCUCCCUCACCACCUCCUCUAAAGGGACAGCGGGAGACCCAGAGAGCACAGGAAAGUCAGGGUCAGGUUCAGACCUGAGGGUCAGCUCAUCCAGCCUGGGGGGACGUCUGCCUACCUCAGCCCUGAGAGGGAGGAUCCAGGCCCUGCCCUGGUACAUGACCCGCUCCCAGGAGAUCCUGGGCACCCUGGACCACUCUUCCACCAGCUCCAUCAACGGGGAUGUCACGUCCGGCUACGGCUCCGGUCUGUCAGUCAGCGGAGCCUCUGAGGUGAGCAAGGUCACUGCCCAGGCAACAGUUGGUGAGACUGCAGGGGGAAAAGGGAAGAAGGAAGUGGUGGAGGAUGGAGCCGAGGUUGUCAUAGCAACCAUCAAAGAGUUCCAGGAAGUGACUCCACGUGCGAAGGAGGCCAACGGGACGAGCGGGUCGAACCCCAACCUGACCCUGAGAGAAAACGGUGUACACGUCUCAGAACCCUACGGAUUCCUGGGGUCCUGCAAGUCGGAGCAGCCUCAGUCCAGGCCCCACUCAGAGGUGGGGUUAGGGGGCGGUUCAGGCCCGCCCCUAGAGGGGGACUCUCUGGAGCACACCUCUCCCCCGGCCCACCGUGAGGCGUGCGGCUGCCGCACAGUCUACGCCAACUGCUUCAGCGGUGACGUGGAGGACGGCUGUGGCUUCGACGAGGAGCUCACCAUCUACGAGUUCUCCAAGCGCACGCGCCCCAAACCAGCCCAUUCUACACCCCUGGCCUCCCCCACCUCCCCCAUCCCCUCCCCCAACAUCCUGUCCCUGCUGAGAGACACCCCUCGCCCCCUCUCCACCCUCUCCACCACCUCCUCAGAGCUCAGCCCACUCCUGUCCCGCCCUGUCUCCCCCACGCCCCCCAUCGGCUCCCUGCGUUCCCUCACCAACAAGCACUACGGGGGGCUGAAAGGGGGCUUCGUCUCCCUGAGACAAGACAUCAAUCAGCUCCUACUGGUCCUGGCUGGGCCACCACCAUCAUCAGAACCCUCCAAAACAGAUCAGGAUGAGGGUGGAGACAGGGGACCCAACCCAACCCAAGGGGAGGGUCCAACCGCGUGCUGUGGAGGUGCAAGUCCUCCGCCCAUGACGGAGCCUGAGAGGAAUUUACUCCAGGCGGAGGCACGACGGUUGGCAACAGGGUGCCAACGUGCCACGCGUGUGGGCUGGGCUCCAGAGGAGGCGCUUCGUUCCUUAUCCAACAGUUUCAGUGCCCUGGUGCAGCUCUCCGCAGCCUGCCUGAGAACACACCCCUGUCCUGGAUGUGACGCCUGCCGCAACGGGGGUCAGAUCCAGAGCACUGAUGAUGAUGGGGGCCAGGAGGAGGCUCUGGACAAGCUGAAGGAGAUCGUAGGGCUGUACAGGGAGUUUGUUGGGGCUGUGGAGACUGCUGGAGCUGGGGCCGGGUCUGGGUCCAGCGGUGGGACGGGGUCUGGGGAUGGACAAGGAGAGGGCGAGGGGGUGAGGCUUCUGGCCAAACGGUGCACGGUGCUCAUCUCUUCCGUCUUUGCGCUAACACAGCUGUUCAGGACGCACUCGCCGGACACGCCAGGUCACACACCUCUCAACUUUUGACCUCUGAACUUUUAGAACUCCUUCUUGCUACCAGGACUAAGGUGAUACAGUACAGUACAUACACACUUGCACAGUAAGUGCCAUGCACAUGCACACACACACACACACACACAUACAUACCAAACACAUCCCUAAAUUAUGAAAAUAACCUCUUCCACUGACUGCCAUUACUGCUAGGUCGAUGGACUCAUCUGGACUAUGCAUUUGUACAUAGGUAUUUUAUAACUAACUAUCUAUCUUCUUAUUGUAUACUGUAUGUAUGAAUUAUGUAUGUACGUAUUUAUGUAUGUAUUCAUUUCUAUGACUGUUUGCGCCAUGGUCCUUGCUGGUGUAAGACCUUAUUGAUGUUGUAGUUUCUUUUACCUCCCCCCACCUUCCGUUCCUCCUCUGGGCUGGUGUCUGCUUUAGCUGCUUUAAUGAUUCUUCGGAUCCAGUUAAAGGUGCAAUCUGUAACUUACAUUUUUCUAUUGGGAACUCUAGGAAAAAGUACAAUGAGCAUAUUAUGCCAAAUACUAAAACACAACACAAACUUUUACAUUCGUGAAGACCCACCCCUUCCGUUUACAAUCAAAUGCAAGGGGAGCACUAUUGACCGUAAAAUAAAUAAACAGAUUGCACCUUUAAGAAGAGAAAUGAACCAUGUGAAAGCUAUUUGUUUCUGUUCCAUUCCUGGCUCCUGACUGACUAGCUGUGUGCGAAUGCUUGAAUGGAGAAAACACUCAAUAACCCAAACGCUUAUAUGCAGUAAUUAUACAGUAUAUCAACUUUGAAUCCAAAGGAUACAUAUAUUUUCCGGGGGUGCAUUGCGUGGGUGGGGGAAUAGUGGAAAGGAUGUUCAUUUGGUAUUUUGUAAAAAGGUUUUGACAAGGCACAAGGAAGGCUGACUGUUAAAACAUACUAGGUGUAGCAACGAUCCAAAGGCAUUUAACACUGAGCCACAAUUUGUACUAUUUUAUUACUUCCACAUGUUUAGCUCUGCAGAUGGGCGGACUGACUGACUGAUUCGGUUUGUACCAGACCUGUAGAUAGAUAUACAUCUAUGUUUGUGUUAGUUUGAGUCUAUCUGUCCUUCCUUGGUUUAUGGCUAUGCAAACAUAACCACUACUUCCCUGUUCUCCCACAUAUCAUUCUCUGUUCCAAUUGUGUUAACAUUAAAGACAAGAAUACCUGCAUAUGUUUUAUAGUCUUUGUUACUGGAAAUACAGAGGGCUUCCGUGUAUUAUACUGGAGUGUCUGGACUAUGAUCACGGGUAUGUUCAGGAUUGCAAUGUUCUGCAACGUUGCACAUAAUCGGAUGCAACAUAUCUCAGCAGUGGCUUCUAACCUGCUGUGUUGUGAGUAAAAUGCAGAGCUGUUCUGUGACUUGGAAACUGUUCACAACUCACUGAUCCUGGACAGAGCCACAGUCAAGAUUCUGUAAACAUAUUCAAUCUGAACUUUGACUAAAUAAAUGGGUGUUUUGCCUUUUGUUUGAUGAGACACACAGCUA